GUCGUCAGCACUAAGUGAGUCAGUCCCGCGCGAUGGCCAUUCGACAGCGAGUUCCCAUGGAGCAGAUACGGCGAGCCCUUCAAGGAGCUCCUCAACUCCGCUCGUUCCUGUUACACGACGUUACUCCGACAGGGAAGCUGUUGGGCGGCGGGUCGUACGGUGAGGUCGUGGGAGCUGCAGAUGUCUGGCCUAACCUGUGCCGGGAAAAAGAUCUAUGACACGCUCAUAGACCCCGAGAACCAGGGAGCGCAGGUGAUGGUGGAUAAGUACUACAAGGAGUGCAGCCUUCUCUCAGAGCUACGUCAUCCUCACAUCGUCCAGUUCUUGGGUAUCUGCUUCUUGCCCGACUCACAACUGCCUGUUCUGGUGAUGGAGCGACUGCAGGGCAGUCUGGACGAGCUGCUGGAGACCACUCCCAACAUCCCUCUCCACACAAAGCUGUCCAUCCUCCACGACGUGGCCACUGGUCUAGUCUUCCUUCACAACCGAAGCCCUGCCGUCAUCCACCGAGAUCUCACCGCCCGAAAUGUCCUGCUCAAUGCAACCAUGACAGCCAAGAUUGCAGAUCUGGGUAAUUCCAGGAUAUCCACUCUCCGUCCGGGGCAGCUGGCCCAGACCAUGACCAAGGGGAUUCCAGGGACUCUAGUGUACAUGCCUCCCGAGGCCUCCACUGAUCACUACGGUCCUCCGCUGGACAUGUUCUCGUUCGGUCACCUCUCCCUCUUCACUGCCAUCCAGGUCUUCCCCGGAGACCUCCUCCCCUCCACCUACACCGAUCCUCGUAAGAAGAAGGUGAAGGCUCGUACCGAGCUGGAACGAAGGGAAAACUACAUUGCGACUCUCGAAGGGAAAUUGGGGAAGAAAUAUGCUCUAGUGGUAUUCAUCAAAGAGUGCCUAGCCUAUGAGCCUGCAAGUCGACCAACAGCUGAAAAGGCACUGGAGAAACUAGACAGCAUGAAGAAAACUCAGCAAGAUCCAUACCAGGGCAUGAACAGGUUGCAGUUGGAGAAGUUGCUCGAAGGGAAUUCAAGUGCCAGUGAAAGAGUAAAGGAGCUUCAAUCACAUAUUAUUCAAAUGAAGGCCGAGAAGUCGGGCUUGAAAGAUGUCUGCCAAGCAAAAAAGAAAAUGGUGCAUGUAAUGCAGUUGGAAAAUUCGCUGCUGAAACAGCAGAUGGCUGACAAAGAUAGUUUGCUUUCAACUCAAGAGUCCGCUCUGUCAACAAAGGAGACUGAGUUUGUGUCACUAAAGGCCCAGUUUGAGGCAGGCCUGAGGAGAACCCGGAGUCUUGAAGAGGAACUAAAAGCAAGGAUCAGUAUGCUGUCUGUGAAGGAUGCGAGCAUUGAGGCACUGACUGAAGAACUAAAAGGAAAAGACAAAAUGUUGAAAGCCAAGAAGAGCGAGGAUGGUGAAGCUGAAAACUUGGGAAUAACAAAGGCCGAAGAUGAGGUAACGUGUAAAUAAGGUGCUUGACAGAGCGUUAUAUUUAAUCCCUGUGUCUUAUGAUGGCGGCAGGUGUGCUCUAUGAGCGCAUACAGUCAUCAAACAUCUCUGUAGACUACAGAACAAUGGAUGCCGCCCUUGACAGUACAUGCUCAAUGCCUGAAUUCCCUAUAAGGAAAUCCAUA